AUGCGUCAUGCUCAAUCAUCUGUACUAGUUGGAAAUAAAUUAUAUUUUUUUGGUGGAUUUGAUGGAUAUGUAUUCUCAAAUGAGGUAUUCUAUCUUGAUGUGUCUCAACAAUUUGAUACAAGGCUUCCGCCAUGGACCGACCUUACAUUAAAUUCAGGAAUGGAUUUUAAAAGUGGUAAGGCGACUACAGUUACAAUAAACGAUAAGCAUAAUAACACUAUAAUAUAUCUUAUUGGAGGAAAUAUGACUGAUAAAAAUAAUGUAGAUGUUUUUACCUCAUUUGUACAUACAUUUAAUCCAAAUUCCGGGCAAUGGAAUGUACCUAAAAUUACAGGAACAGAACCAGUUCGCAGAAGACAUAUUCAAGCUGUCGCUGAUAAUGCUGGAAAUAUUUAUGGUUUUGGUGGAGCUUCUCUUGGACUAGAAAAUAUCCAAUUAUUGAAUGAUAUGAUAAUAUUAAGUGCAAAUGAUUUAACGUGGUCAUAUGGUUCUAUUGUUAAUUCUCCUUUAAAACGAUAUGUAUAUACGGCAACAAUUUUAUCUAAUGGUAUGAUUGUAUAUAUUGGAGGCAAGGAAUUAUCUUCUGAUAACAUUGAGCUCAUAAAAGGUAAUAAUUCUCUCACGUCCUCUUUCAUGGUUUUAAUGGAUUGUGGAACCGCAAAAUUAAAUGGACGAUAUACAUCAAGGUAG